GCACGGAUCGGUUGACCCGCGCGAUGGAUUUAGCACGGGCUGGGUCGGCGGUGACGACGCCCUUAAACUUAAACCUCGUCCGCGGCGCCGCCGAACCACAUCCUCCACUGCCGCAGCUCUUUGAUAUGUCCCUCCGCCUCCGCCGCCUCCUCCUACUCCCCAAACCCUCGUCCUCUUCCUCUUCCCCCGUCCGUCCUUGGACUCCUCUUCGAUAUUCCUCGGUCCUCCUCUUCUCCACCUCGUCCGCCACCUCCUCGCCGUCGGCCUCUCCCCCUUUCCUCCCCCUGUUCGAUCCGCUCAACGAGCGGCCUCCCGACGCCUUCCCCAGCUCGUCUGAGAUCGCUUCCGCCGUCGGAAAUUGGUUCCGACUGGGCACCGUCCCGCUCUCCCUCCUCGACCGGAUCUACGCCGCCCUCGAGUCCUCUCCCGACGAUGGAUCCCUCCACUCCUCCCUCGCCUCCCUCCGCAUCCCUCUUUCUGAAUCCCUCGUCGUCAACUUCCUCCGCCACCGCCCUCACCCCUUCGUCACCUCCGCUACCAGGAGGGCCCUGCUCCUCCUGCGGCUUCGCUUCUUCGACUGGGCUGGACGCCAGUUCCCUUACUUUCAUUCUCGCGGAACUUACCACGCCGUCUUCCGUCUCCUCUCCAAGGCACAGCUUGCCUCCGUCGUCAUCGACUGGCUUCGCGUCUUCUCCUCCGCAUCGCCCGAGCUCCGCCGUCAUCCCUUCCUCCAUGGUGGCUCCGUCGGCCCCACCCCACGCUUCCAUGACACACUUGUGGUUGGCUAUGCGGUCGCCGGCAAACCGGAGCAGGCGCUCCAGCUCUUCGCUCGGAUGCGGUUUUUCGGCCUCGACCUCCAUCCUUUCUCCUACCAUGUCCUCCUCAACUCCCUCGUCGAGGCCUCCUUCUUUGACUUGGCCGACGACCUCAGUAGCGAAAUGUCUGAGCGCGGUAUUGCUGGCCCUGUGUCUGCCUGUAUCCAACUUAAGAGCCUCUGCUGCCAAGGGCUGCUUGCCAAUGCUGAGACUCGCCUCCGCGAGCUUGCUGCUUCUCCAGUGAUUAAUUCCCGCACCGCUGCAAGUCACAUGGUAGGAACCGUUGUCCAAGCCUAUUGCCGGAAAGGGAAAUUUGAAGAUGCAGGAAGGAUAGUUGAUGAGUUCGGUUUCACCGAAGUUUACGGUGUCUGGAUUGGAAACCUUGUUGAUGCGGGAAAGCUUGAUGCCGUGCUAGAAUUUUUAGUGAGCAAGAAGUUCUCGGAGGACUACUUCCCUGAGAGCUUCCAUUACAGCGAGUUGGUCUUCAGACUUUUGGAGCAGAACCGACUUGAGGAUGUCUACAACGUGCUUGUUGAAAUGAUCGAAGAGGGUAUUGCACCUCACCGGCUGACUAUGAACUCAGCUCUCUGCUUCUUCUGCAAGGCGGGGAUGGUGGAUGUUGCCCUGUUCUUGUAUAACUCUAGACGGGACCUUGGCAUCAAUCCAAGUUCACGGGUCUAUGAUCAUCUGAUCAAUGCUUUGUGUCGUGGGGGAAAUGUGGAUGAUGUCUGCUUGAUAUUGGAGGAUGCCAUGCGACAGGGGCGCUUCCCUGGGAAGCGGACUUUCAAUGUUCUUGCUAACUUUCUUUGCCAAGAGGGAAGGCUUGAUAAGGUGAAUAAGCUGCUUGUUGGUGCUCUUCAGAAGGAUGUGAAACCUUUGCCUGUUGUUUUUGCUAGGUAUAUGUCAGCAUUGUUUAAAGCUGGGAAUCUAGAAGAGGCUUGCCUGAUACCCAAGAUAGUUAGCGGAGAGGAUGCCAGUAUGUUGGGACGCUACAAGUCUACAUAUGUUAAUUUGAUCCAGGCAUUUAUCUUAUUGAGGCAGGUUGAUGUGCUUCCGCAGCUCAUACUUGAGAUGCAAGAGUUUGGUCAUAUUCCAAGUCAAAGUCUUUACAGGUCUGUUGUUUGUUGCUUAUGUGAAAUGGGCAAGCUUAAUGAGGUUGUUGGCCUAUUAAACAGGCAAUUGGAAUGCCUGGAAUUAGAUAAAAGGACAUGCUACAACUACUUCAUUGAUGGAGCAGCACAUGCUAAAAAGCCCGAUAUGGCAAGGGAACUGUACAACAUGAUGCAGAAAGCAGGGAUCGAACCCAGUAUUGAUACUAGUAUUCUCAUCCUCAACAGUUAUCUGAAGAGCAAACAGAUAGGCGAUGCAUUUAAUUUCUUCAACUACAUGUGCAACCAGCAUGAACCUAGUACCAAGUUUUACAAUAUAUUUAUAACUGGUCUUUGUGAAGCUGGGAAGGUAGAGCAAGCUGUGAUGUUCUGGAAGGAGGCAAGAGUAAAGGGGUUCAUUCCAAGUCUCCAAUGUUAUGAAGAUCUUGUUCUUGAAUUAUCUUCUAACAAGGAUUACCAUACUCUUGUGAAAGUUAUCGAGGACUUCCUUGAAACUGGCCGCCCAAUUUCUGCAUUCUUGUGCAAUGUGUUAAUUUUGCACACACUUAAGAGUCGGGAUCUUCUAUGGGCCUGGAUUCAGUCAAGAGAGAGUAACAAUGCAGGAGCAGUGAGUGGGGAAACUCAAGUAUCUUCAAGAUCAAUUAUUGACCAUCUUGUUAUGGCAUUUGCUGGUGGAAUCAGAAUAAACGAUAGUAUUGAUAAGUUAGAUGAAUUGCUUGAAAGAUUCUUUCCGCUUGAUGUUUUUACAUACAAUAUGUUAAUGCGGGGCAUGUGUAAGGAAGGGAGAAUAGAUUUUGCCUGUCAGUUGUUUCAUAAGAUGUCCAGAAAAGGUUUUGAGCCAAACAGAUGGAGUUUUGACAUUCUAGUCCAUGGUUUCUGCAAACUAGGUAAAAGAAGAGAAGCUGAGAGAUGGAUGGAAGCAAUGUAUCGUAAUGGGUUUCACCCGACCUGGUAUACAAUGAGGAUCUAUAACAACACCACUUAGUAAAGAUGGUUACUACAAAUGCAAACUUAAUGUCCUACAACAUUCUGGUGCUUUUCAUGGCCUCAAAUUGAACAGGUUCCUUUUUCUUGAGAACAAGAAGCCGUGCGUCUAUGGUCUGUCAAUAUCUUGUGUGAGUAAAGAGCGCCUUCAGAUUGAUUUUGUAUUAUUGAAAUGUUAUUCAUUGGUUAACUGAUAAUUUUGUUUUCAAAUAAAAUACUGAUCCUCUUCCUCAGGAUUCAAUGACUGAAAUUUGUAAUUCAAAAAUAAGUUAGUUACCUAGCAGAAGAGAUCCAAUCACCCAGCCUCCAAGCUUGCCAUUGAUUGCAGUCUUGCCUUCGAAGUCCAAUUGAUCCAUCAAGCUUUCUCUUCAUGCUGAAGGAAACAGCCAAUUAAUCAUCCCAUGCUUCAAUUGUAUUACGCACAGUAAAAAAUUUAUUUACGUCUUAAUUAUAUCAUUUUCUAUUUGUUGUGCACUUAUUCUUAGUCUGUAGAAAUAGGGCUGUAAAUUCCUUGAGAACUUGAAAGCUAUAGCAACAAACAAAUUGAUCAGACUUAGAGUGAUACUUUUCAGUAACUUGUAGCAUGCUUGGAAUUAGUUGAAAACCAAGUUGCCUAGUUUGCUGAGAGACAUAAACUACAAAGAAGUGGAGCCAUUUCUUCAAGCAAGUUUUACUUGCAAAUGCAUAAUGGCUCGUACUCUCUUUGAAGUGUAAAAAUUGUUUCAAACCAUGCAUGCAAUGUAUUACGGCUGUUAUAAUUUCAGAAAAAAAACAUUGUAUUCUUCACUGUAAAGCUUGGUAUAGAGACAUACUACUUCUAGAAUGAACUUGUCUGAAACAUGUGUUUCAUCCAUUCAUACCCUUCAUAAUCCACCUACAUGAGCAUCUUUUUGCUCGAAUAUGCCAAAUUGAUAUAAGAUUCGUGAACUACCGUAAUCCAGAAGACAGCAUGACAAAUUAUCUACGACAUACAUGACUUUAUUGAGUAAGCACACAUUUUCAAAUUGUCUGUUUGAGUCUGACAUGAAAUAUUUUUGUUCCUUCAGCUUCAAAAAGAUUAUGAAUGAGAGUUCUAGUGUCAUCUUUUAAAUCAAGAACAAGUUAGUUUGUCUUUGAAAAGAUCUUUACUUUUAUCUUUUACCUCGUCUUAGCUUAAGAUUUUAGCCUUUUUCAUGGUGAUUUGGUCUACCUAAGCUGAUGUGGCAGAGCUGACUCAGUAGCCAUUGACUUAACAGUAGAGCUAUCUCAAAUUAUAGUGAUUUUAGAUACUUCGUAAGAUUUAUCAUGAUCCACAAUAUAAUUUCAUAGAGCUUGAACUUGAUAAGUUGGUCAAAAUGAGUUUUCCUUCUGAUUAAACCAUGUGUAAAUACUUGUAGACUCCAUUUUUCCUAUUGUUCGGUGUGUUUGAUGAACAGAUCAAUAUUGGGUGGAACAAGUGUGUCGCUUGAGCAAAAAUAAUUUUAUGAAUUUCACAAGCAAACCAAUCUUUAAUUGCAUGAAUAACAAUACUUUUUCUUGAUUUAAAUCAUUGUUAUUCAAUCAUGAAAGUUGAUGCUUAAAUUAUUCUUUCUAUGUGAUUGUAAUUAUUUAGAUCAACUGUGUCUUCCUUAAAAGUUGGAUCUUUCAUUCCAAUUUGCUUGUAGCAGAUGGUAUAGAAAGUGGUUUGUGACACUUGAAAUGGGUAUAAAUCUCCUUUGAAAUGUGAAGCAGCAAUUACCUGCAAGAGCUUAGUAAUAUCCUUUCCGUGUGUAGCAAGGCCUUAGAUUUUGUGCAUGUGUGUGGAUACUGUCGAAUGAAUAUUUCUCAGUAGACACCGACUACUGGAGGUUGAGGAUUGUUCCAACAUUCUCGGCAUCAAUGGAUGUCUCCGCCAGUGCAUUUAACUGCCCGAGUUGGACUUAUCAAAGGCAAGCUCUCACUAUUCAUUCUAGGUCCUUAAUAACUUGGUACAUUCGAAAUGCUCACACAUGACCCACUAGAGACGAUUGUUUGUUGAUCAAAAGUAUUGUGAGGCUAAAGAGUUGGCCACACUAUUGAGAUCCAACUCGACAGUUGAAGCGAUUCUACUAAACUCUGUUAUAUUGACAUGAAAAUUGAUUGCUUGUGUAAGUUUGUGAGCAAAAACUGAUCACAUUUCUUUUC